AUGAAAUCAAAUAUAAAUAAUAUUAUUUUGGAAUCACGAAAUAGAAUUGGUGCUAGAGCAUUUACUUACAUAACAACAUUUGGUGAAAAUAUUUCAAUUGAUAUUGAUGCUCAUUAUAUUUGUCAUCAUGAACGAGAAUAUAUUUUACGUAGUUAUUACAUUCCAUCCAAUGAGAAUUUUAUUGAAUCUGAUAAUUAUGAUACAUCAAACAUGAAAGUUUUUGAUGAAAAUGGAUUUAUUUUUUUCGAACGAAUUUAUUAA